AUGGAUUUCAAUAACCGAAGAAGCUGUGGGAAGGAGUUGUUCUGUUACGUGCACAUUGGUGGACAUUUUGAAGCAAAUGGUGAAGAGAUAGUUAAAUAUAUUGGAGGGAGUGUAAGGGUAAUCAGUAUAAAAGAAUGGAUAACAGUAGACGAGUUGUGUGGAAUAAUUUCACAGUGGAUAGGCAAUGAUGGUAGUGGAUAUGAGAUUAAGUAUAAAGUUAAAUUUGAUGAGAGAGGGAAAGAGAAUGAUAGGGAACCUAGAGCAAGGAAUGAUCCAGAUGUGAGUGACAAUAUAUUUGGACUUUCACAAGACAUGAAUGCAUUUGAAAUGACCAUUGGUGAUGAACAUGAGCCAGUGAAUGUUGAGAAUGGAGUUGAGUGCCUGACUUUUGAAGGAGGCGGAUCAAGGCAGAGAAGCAAGGAAGCUGUGUACAGGUUUAGUAUUGCAGAGAAGUUGGCAGCGAGGUAUGUCAGGAAUAGUAAGGAGAAGAUGAAUGUGAGGUAUAAAGUAGAAGGGUGUCCUUGGAAGAUAUGUGUAAAUACUGUUGGAAAGAAUAGUCAUCUAUUACGUGUGACUGCAUUUUGCAAGGAGCACAUUCAUUCAGCGCAAGACAAUUUGAUUGUGACUUAUGGUGGGAGUGCUGCGUUGAUAUCAUCAGUAAUAGUUGAAGAGAUAAGGGACCAUGCUGAAAAACGGCCCACUGAGAUAAGGAAGAUGUUGGAGAGGGAGUAUGGUGUGAGGUUGAAGGAAAAUGAUGACAAAACGGUUGCUGAAUGGGCCUCUAUUGGUAAUAGAUUUGAGCGUGUGGUCAUUGCAUACAGUGCAUGUGUUGAGGGUUUUUUGAACAAUGCAAUACCUAUAUUAUAUGUUGAUGGUACUCAUUUAAGUGGUACAUAUAAGGGGACGUUACUAUCAGUUUCGGCAUAUGAUGCGGCUAAUGAGAUGUUACCAUUUGCAAUAGUAGUGGUGAAGGGAGAGAAUUUUGAUGACUGGACGUGGUUUUUUCACAAGAUUAAACAAAUAGUUGGUUCAAUGCAACUGAUUAUUCUGUUAGAUAGACAUAAUUCCAUAAUUGGUGCUGUGCAAGCAAUAUUUGGGGGUGAAAGGCAUGCAUACUGUUAUAGGCAUGUGAAGGAGAACUUUAGCUCUGAAUAUAUGAAAUUAAAUAGAGGUCAGAGAAGGACAAGUGAAAAUUCAAAGGAAGAUGCAUUGAAGGUACUGGAUAAAGUAGCUUAUGCAAGACUUGCGGAUGAGUUUGAUCAUGCGCUGGAUGAUCUCAGAACCAUGUCUCAUGAGUUAUAUGAGUGGGUUAUCAAUCAAGGUGAUGUGGAUAGGUGGGCAUUGAGCAAGUUCCCAUAUAGAAGGUGGGACAACAUAACAACUAAUUUAGCCAAAUCUUUUAAUACUUGGAUGGUAAGAGAGAGGAAGCAUAACAUGGCCCAAAUGAUCCAUGAGUACCAGGAGAAAGUAGCAAGAAAGAUGCAUGCAUCAUAUACAACAAUGAUUAAGUGGAGUAAUUGCGUUGGGCCAAAAAUAGAGGCAAAAGUGUUGGAGCAAGUGCAUUUCAGUAGGUACAUGCACUGUGAGAAUUAUGGAAGGGGAAGAAUAUGCGUGCACACAUCAUGCGGAGACCAAAAAGUGGACCUUGGCCUACACCAAUGUAGCUAUGGAACUGGGCAAAUGUCAGGGAUUUCAUGCUCACAUGCUUGUGCAGCCAUUAAGACCAUAGGGGAAAACGUUUAUGAUUAUGUUGAAGAGUGUUACAAACGUUCAUCCUAA